AUGGCGACACCCAUAGGUCAAAUUCCUUUCCGUGAGAAAGGUCACACAAACUGUGUCGAGCACAAGGGGAGACAACUAGAACUUUACUGUGAGAAGUGCGACACACUUGUUUGCCUCAAAUGUUUGUCGACGAUUCACAAAGGUCAUGAUGUUUGUGAACUCAACGAAAUUACCCCACAGAAGAAACAAGACAUUCAAAACUUUAUUGACAGGACCGAAACAAAUGACCUGGUACAACUUAGGAAGUACAUCACAUCUACUGAUACACUUCUUAAAGACAACACCAGCAAUUUUGAAAAGGUCUCAAACAAGUUGAAAACGCAAACGGAUCAGUUGAAACAAGACCUCGACUUACUUACAACACAGACACUCUCUCUUUAUCAGAAAAUGGAGGAGGAUAAUGCCAAGCUGAUACAAACAUACAAACAGGACCUGGAAAUGUACGACAAGCAACUCAAACAACGAGUACAGGAAUGCAAGACAGCACUUCAGCGUGGCUCUAACAUAGAAAUCUAUGAUGCAGGAUGCGCCAUUGGUUCCAAAACAAAUCUCCCUGUAAAACCUGUCCUGGGUACUGCCAGCUUCACUCCAAACAAACAUCCUAAGCAUCACCUAGAACUUGCCUUAGGGACAAUUGACAUAUCGCGUGAAGGUCAAGCUUCAGUUGACCAGGACAAUACUUCUGUUACACCUUCUGGUG